AUGGCCGCGGCUUCAGACAUUGGAGUCGAAUUUAUAGGGCCAUCUCGACCAACGGCCAAAAGAAAGGAUCUACCUCAAUAUCGAGAGGACUUUCAAGUGUUUAAUGGAAUUCCAAACUAUCCGGUCGAUUAUUUGUUUGAUGGUAAAUUCAGGGUAAGUGUUUUGAGUUUUUUUUUGAAAUUUAGGUAACAAGAAUAAGGAGAUUGAAGAUGUUGCGGAUUUUGGCUAAAACUGAAUUUUUUUUAGAAGUUUAGGUAAUAUUUUAGAUGUUUUUCGAAAUUUAGAUGUCUACCUGAACUUUUCUUUCAAAGAAAAGCAAAAAUAGGGUAGUUUCUAAAAAUCAGAUAUCAGUUUGAACUUCCUUUCUAGAUUUAGGCAACAAUUUGAGCUAUUUUCAAAUUUUAGGUAUCAAUUUGAACUUUUCUUGGAAAUUCAGCCAUCAUUCUUUAUUUUCUUUCAAAAUGACACUUAAAAAUUUAUUUCAGAUUAAAAGCCGAAUUAGCUGGGACGAUCGCUUUGGAGCUACAUACAUUGCAGCACCAAAGAAGCCGUAUCAUCCUCAUGUAGUCCUCAGAAUCGACAAUCUUCGAAAGCACAAUCCAUCUUCAUUAAUAACCGAGCUUGAAGUGUUGUCGUUGGCGAAAGACAAAGGGAAGAUCAAUUAUUUUGGUGAAUUUCUUCAAGAAGGAUGUUGUAAUGGCGAGAACUUUUGGUACACAAAGAGCUUCAAGGCUGGUCCUUCGCUGAGGCAGAUCACUGAAUGUAUGGGUGCAAAAUAUGGUCGAUUAUCUUCAGCUACUGUUGGAAAAUUUGCACUGGAUUUGUUUGAGGUAGGGUCGUGUUUUGGGAUAAAAUAAUUUACAUUGUACUGAUUUUAAGCACCUAAAACAAUAUCGGGAAACUUGAGUCUGUAUCUUGAAAACUAUUUAUCAGUUUUUGUUGAUUUUAGGCUUAAAUUAAUCGUUGUCGUAUGCUUUUUGUGAAUGUAGUAAAAGCAAUACGUUAUUUAUAGCUAUUUUGGAAGUUAUACCUAGUUUUAGGUAUCAAACGAAAUACUUUUUUUUAUUGUAAUAUAACAUUAUAAAACACUCUUUUUAGAUAGUAAACUUCCUCCACACUUCCAACUACCUCAUCUGUGCUAUAGAUCAAGAUCUGUUCCGCUUGGACACCGAGUCUGGCACGUUAUUUCUUGCUGGUCUAUCUACAAUGAAACAUAUGAACGAUAACAACAUCACAUGGACUGGAUCAUUGGAUUACUCGCCAUUAGGCUGGUCAGAGCAUAAUCCAGACCCGGUUCUGAGGGAAUGUUACUCGAAUCUUGAACUUGAGGCCGUCUUCUACUUGAUAGCUCAUUUGGUUUCUGGUGAAUUACCAUGGAUCAAAGAUGGUACGAUGAUGGUGUAUCAAAAGAAGAUGAACAAUGUUCAUAAAGGUGCUAAGACCUGGGAGAAUUUGCCUCAUGUGUAAGUUUGAUUGUUAAGGGUAGAGCAGGGCAUGGUAAGGUAGGGUAGGGUGCGGUAUAAUAAGUUAUGGUCAGGCCGGGUAGGAUAAUGUAGAGUAAGAUUGGGGAGGGUAGAGUAUCUUAUUAACACUCUGAGUCGUUUUAAAUUAAUCUUAUUCUUUUAGCUACCACAAGCUCUGGACUGAAAUCAUCAAAAUUGUGAGAUCAGAUGAACAAUAUAAUGACAUUUCUUCUAUUCUUGACUACUGUAAGCAAAUUUCCUGUUCAAAGGAUGAAUGUAAUAAAUACGAGGGGAUGGACAAUAAACCAAUGAAUGAGGAAUUACGAGAAUUGUUAGAGUAUAUUGAUGUAGACGGCGAUGCAAGUAGUAUAACGAACGCUUCGAUGAGAGAUAACAAUAUGGAUACUGCGGCUACAGAACCCGCUCAGACGUCUAUGAAGCAAGAAGCUGAGGAUGUUAAUGUAGUACAAGAUGUAGAAGUCGUUGGAAAUGGCAAUAUUGAUCGAAUUACGAUUGGGAAUGACAGUAGUAAUGGAGAUACUAUUAGGAAUGACAAUAUCAAUAGACUUACGGCUAGAAAUGGCAAUAUUGAUAGGAAAGCGAUGAGAAAUUGCAAUAUGAAUGGAAGUACAGUUAGAAGUGGCAAGAUUAGUAAAAGUAAGAUUAAAAAUGGCAUUAGUAAUGAGAGUAGGAUCAGAAAUGGCAGUAGUAGGAAAAGUUUGAUCAGAAAUGACAAUUUGAAUACACAUACGAUUGGAGAUGGCAGUAGUAACGAAAGUACGAUUAGAAAUGGCAAUGUGGAUUAUACGGCUAUAGAAUCUGCUCAGACGUCUAUGAAGCAAGAAGUUGAGGAUGUUAAUGUAGUACAGGCUGUAGAAGUUGUUAGAAGUGGCGAUAUUACUGGAAGUACAAUUAAAAAUGGCAAUAAUGAUGGAGGAACGAUCGCAAAGAACAGCAAUAGUAAUGGAAAUACGAUUAUAAACGGCAAUAUUGAUGGAGGGACGAUUGUAAAUGGCAGCACUAAUGAUGUAGAAGUCGUGGAUUUAGUAUCAGAAGAUGGCUUUAAAUAUUGUAUGAACAACAGCAGUAGUGAAGGAAGUACGAUUGUAAAUGAUGAUAACAGUAGAAGACCUUCAAGAAAUUGCAACCAAAUUCAAACUUAUAUGCCUCAAUUUAAUUUUAUCGAUGUUCCUGACAGUCAAGUUCAGAAUAGAAGCAAUGCUAUUCUUGGAAGCAAGUCAGCGAGUAGUGCUGGUGUCAGUUCAAAAUCUUCUACCAAAGGUAAACCGAAAAGACGUUCCUUGAACGAUCGAAAGUCUAUGUUUGAUGGCGCUCCAUUUCAUCCGGUACUGUAAGUUCAUUUUUAUGUUGUAGGGUGGGGUAGGGGAAGGAAGUAGUCGAGUAAGGUAGGGAAUGGUAGGAUUGGGCAAGGUGGAAUAGGGAGUAAAUUAGUAGGACAGUGUAAGAUAUAGUAUGGUAAGACGAGGUAGAGUAGAGCAAUGUCGAUAUAAUAGGACAGGGCAGGAAGGAGGUAGUCUAUUAGGGCAGGGCGGGGUAGUGAAUAGCUAAUUAGGACAAUUGACGGUAGAGUAAAGUAGGGUGGGCAGGGUAAAAUGUGGCAGAGCAAGGCAAGAUAGAGUAGAGCAGGCUAAAGUACGGUAGGGUAGAGAAGGGUGGGUAGGGUUAAACAUUAGAAACGGGCUGGGCUUAGGUUUAAGGCCCGGCAUGGUCUUUUCUGGGGCCCGGCUCGUUUCUCAUGUCUAGGUACGGUCGGGUAGGGUAGGGUAAGGUAGGACAGAGUAGAGCAGGAUAAGGUAGAUAUUGGUAAGGUAGGGUAUAGUAGGGCUUGUUAAGGAAGAACAGUGUAGCUAUUGACCACUCUUCCCAUUUGAAUUCGGUUUCAUUGCAGAGGCACUCUCGUACCGAGUGGUGGUAAACACUUUAACAUUGAACAUGCUGGACACCACUACUUUUACGUAAGCUCCACGAAACGUGGUAUGAACACGUACAUUUGCAAUAAAUGCCGAAGGAUAAGUGGCGACACCAAGAAAAAAGCCAAAUUGGGCGCUGUUCAGACCAAUGAAACUAAGGUCCCAGUCCAGCUACUAGGCAGUCAUAACCACAGAUGCAUUGAUCCACCCUCAGCUCACUGA